AUGAGAACUUUGUUACCACCUAAUUACUUUAGCGACGAAGCGUAUUUGAACAAAUACAUUGGUGGACUAAAGCCUGAAUUGAGAAAGGAUCUGCGUUUGCAUAAUCCGAUGUCACUGUUCGAUGCAACCGAAAUUGCCAUGAGAAGUACUGCACUUACUACGUCUGCUCCGGGUACUAAACCUUGGGCCAUUGAUUUCAGUACUCCAGCAUCAGUUGCUAACAAUAAUGCAGGUUCUGACCCCAUGGAAAUCGACUUUGUAAGAACCUCCCAUCCAAAGAGGUCAUUCAAUAAACGAGGCCGUAACUUUAAUGCCAACAAAAAAGGUGACCAAAGUAACAACUGGAGAAAUAAGUUCAGAGAAGUUUGCUUAGCCAAUGGGUUCUGUUUAAAUUGCGGUAAGCCUGGUCACACAAAAGCUCAAUGCAAGGAGGCGAGCAAUCCUCAAUAUUAA